UUCACACCCAUGAUGAGGCAAUGACCCAUUAUGUCCUACAUCUCUUUCAAAACUUGACCAACUAUGGCACAACCACAACCACCCGAAUCAACCCAAAAUCACACCCAACAUUUACCCUUAAUAGCCAUCAUUAUUAUCCCCGUCGGCUUCACCAUAGCCACCCUCAUCUGCUGUUUCCGCUGCUUUCGGACGGGCUCACACGACAACGGGGCCGGGGAUGAAGAGCUUAGAAGGAAUACCGUGCGUGGUGGGCUGGAACGUGCAAUAGUAGAAGGUUUCCCUACUUUCUUGCAUUCAGAUGAGUUCAACAAGCACAAGACAACUAAGGAAACGACGCCAUUGGAGUGUAUAAUUUGCUUAAACGAGUUCCUAGAUCAUGAACUCUUGCGAUUGUUGCCCAAAUGCGGCCAUAUUUUUCAUAUUGACUGCGUCGAUCUUUGGCUUGCUUCCCAUGUCACAUGUCCCAUGUGCAGGGUUAAUCUUGAAACAAGUGUUCAUAAUCAAGUUAUGCAACAACAUGAAUUUAUUGUACAUGUUCCUCAAACACAUCAAGAGGUUAUAUGAAUAGGUUGUGUGUAGUAGGAACAUUCAAAACUGAAUAUCAAAUUAUCUAGAUCCGAAAAUCUAGAUAUCCGAUUUUGGUGGCCAGCAGGAUCGUCUCGCUCAUUUUUUUAUCCUCAAAAGAAAAGGUUAAGAAGACUCCCUAAAAGCUUCGGGGAAAAAAUACAAUACUUCUUUUUCUUUUUUUUUAUUGUUGACGAGCUUUAUAAAAAAAUACUAAUAAC